CUCACGGUUCUCCGUCCCAAUUGCCCAGAUUCAAGCUUCACGAGAGUAAAAGUCAUGGGGCAGCCCAAGGUUCUGCAGCUCGGCUAUUUUGAGCAGGCACCAGAGUCCCUGGCUGAAAUCGGCCACCUCGCGCAAAUCCUUCGUCCAAAGGCGACCACUCGACCCGAUUUCAUCGAAGAAUGCAAAUCCGGGGCCUUCGACGAAGUGUCCGUCAUCUUCCGGACCCUUGAAUCGGCCGAAGUCACCGGGAGGUUCGACGAGGAGCUGGUAGCCUCUCUCCCCCCCAGCGUCAAGUUCGUUUGCCAUCAUGGAGCGGGAUACGACUCGAUCGACGUACAAGCCUGUACGAAGCAGGGCAUCAGCGUAUCCAACGUCCCCACCGCGGUAGACGAUGCCACCGCCGACACCGCCAUCUUCCUCAUGCUGGGCGCCCUGAGGAACUUCAACAUCGCCAUGACCUCCCUCCGGAAGGGCGAGUGGGACGGGAACCCCCCGCCUGCCAUGGGCCGCGAUCCCCAGGGCAAGACGUUGGGGAUCUUGGGCAUGGGGGGUAUCGGUCGCAAUAUGGCCAAGAAGGCUUUGGCGUUCGGUAUGAGGAUCCAGUACUACAACCGUACUCGUCUCUCUCCGGAACUGGAGAGGGAAUGUCAUGCGACCCAUGUUGAUCGGGAGGAGCUCUACCGGACGAGUGAUGUCCUCAGUCUGAACCUUCCUCUCAACAAACAUACUCGACACACUGUCUCGGAUGCCCAAUUUGCCAUGAUGAAAAAGGGGGUCGUCAUAGUCAACACCGCGAGAGGCGCCGUCAUCGACGAGGCUGCCCUGGUCCGCGCCCUAGAGAGCGGCAUAGUCGACAGUGUUGGACUGGAUGUUUUCGAGAACGAACCGGAAAUCCAUCCUGGUCUCCUCUCCAACCCCAGGGCCAUCCUCCUGCCUCAUAAGGGUACUUAUACCGUGGAGACGGAGAAGAAGAUGGCCGAAUGGGUUCUGGAUAACGUUCGGCUUGCCCUCCUAGAGGGCCGCCUGAAGAGUAUUGUGCCCGAGCAGGCAAAGCAUUAAGAUUGUUCUUGUAUCUUUUUGUUACUUUUCUUCUUGUUAGCAUGUUGUUAAUGAUCAUCCCAGCCUUCAUGUUGCUUUCUGACAACCACCGAUCACCAACUCCGCCACGACAGUGAAAGCAAUGUCCCCCAGUGAAGCACAGACGAGGACAGGCUGUGGGCGGCUAGCUGCUGCAGGUCUAGGGUCGGUGUUGUUUUGAUGGGAAAUGGAUUAACAUGUAUCUUUCCAUGUUCUGGGGCAUCUCAUGAUCCAUACUGAGGGUAACCUCGUCUCACAACGGGAUAGUCCGACACGCAUCCGGGGACUGGGUGAGCGGGUUCAAAAACCUACACUCGUAACUAUGUAAAAGCCCUAAACAUGAUAAGAACAAGAAAGAAUAUUUACAAUAGGAAUGGAGAACUAAAUACUGGGAUAGGAGUAG